GUGUUGUGUUAGAAACUUGGAACAUUUUUGUUUGUUCGUCCUCGUCCUCUUUCACCAUAGAGAAGAAGAUUUUAAAAGAAUCUGUCUCGAUGCCUAGAUCAAGAACUUGUGUCUUAAUUCUCUUAUUGCCUCUAGCCUUUGUCUUCUACCUGUACAUGUCCCUGCCUUCUCCAGCUAUUGUCGACCAAUCAUCAUACAGCUCCAUCUACCACAUCUCUGUUAAGGACAUUGAAGGGAAUAAUGUGAGUUUAAGCAAGUUCACUGGAAAGGUGCUUCUUAUUGUCAACGUAGCCUCUAAGUGUGGUUUAACACAAGGAAACUACAAAGAGCUGAACAUUUUGUAUGCCAAGUACAAAACCAAGGGGCUUGAGAUCUUAGCGUUUCCUUGCAACCAAUUUGGAGGUCAAGAGCCAGGUAGCAACAAGGAGAUCAAGGAUAACAUUUGCACAACCUUCAAAGGAGAGUUUCCCAUCUUUGACAAGAUUGAAGUGAAUGGAGAGAACGCUUCACCUCUAUACAAGUUCUUAAAAGAACAAAAAGGCGGAUUGUUUGGGGAUUCUAUCAAGUGGAACUUUGCAAAGUUUCUGGUAGACAAACAAGGAAAUGUUGUGGAUCGAUAUGCUCCUACAACUUCACCUCUUGAGAUCGAGAAAGACAUAGAGAAGCUAUUGUCAUCUGCUUGAACAUAAAAAAAAAUUCAAGGACAAGAACACAGCAAUAGUUUCUCUAUAGACUUAUGAUGUGGACCGGUUUGGUGCAAGACAGGAGAGAAGAAGCAUGGAACAUGUCCGAGAUUGAGAAUGAGAGCCACUUUUAUAUACUGAUUCUCUUUAGAUGUAUGCUUGUGUGAACCAUGUUCUUUGUACCAAUCUUCAUCAAAAGAAUAAAAUUUUAUUUUAUUUUGCUCU